UGAAAACAUUAUGGAGCCAAGGGGAGCGAAAUAGACGAGGUCCGAAAAGCUGGUGGAACAAAAGAGGACGAUUAUGGGUCAACGGUAGUCUGACAAGGACACGUUGCGAAGAGAGGAGUUUGGGCCGAGCUUUGGCCGGGCACAGUACAUUUUAAGGAAAAGAUUGCGAGUGUGAAAAACAGAUAUAUUUUUGUCAGUCAGCAGCAGCUCGCUCAAGCUGCUUGCUGUUUGCUUGUAAACAGAUCCCGACACGUGACCAUGUGACCCGUCCGCUUUGUCUGAAGGGGUUUAAAUGAGAACAAAAGGGACCUUCUUUGAGGUCGGGUAUCAGGUAGGGGCGCAGGUGAGGCGACAUGGCAGAAAAUGAGUUAUUUUUAAAUAGCAAGGUCUGUUGUGUACGAGCAGCAAAGGUGGCUGGUUUUCCGGUGAAUAUAUGGUAGCGACUGUGGUUGUUGUGUGUUUUUAUUUUAUUUAUUAUAGUAGUAUUAACUUACUGUUAUUUAUUUUUAUUUUUUUUUCGAUCGGAUGAUAAUUCUUUUUUGUAAGUAAACUAUGUCAUUCACAAUGGAAGACACUUUGGAGUCGGGUUGGGUGGCCGUGAGACCGAAUGUUUUUGAAGAGAAAGAAAAACACAAAUUCGUGUUUAUUGUGGCUUGGAAUGAAGUGGAAGGGAAGUUUGCAAUCACGUGUCAUAAUAGAACUGUGCAGAGACAAAGGAGCGCAGGCAGACAUCCUGCUGCAGCAGCCGGAGUGCGGGUCGAGGACCCAGCCUCCUCUACCGCGGCAGUGAAAAGAGCAGGGGACGACAAACACAAGAGUGUCCGAAGCACGGAAAAAGUACGUGGCAGGAAAGCGGGCGCAGGGGAUGGUAUCAGUCGAGGAGAAGAUGGGCAUAGGGAAGUCAAGGGGGAAAGCGGUACUAAAACCCCGGUUCAGAGAAAGGCAACAGUUGCAUCUAGCCAGAUUAAAACCGUUCAAGCUUGUAGUGGCAGUAAAGUCAGGGGCAUGAGUCCACCAAGACUGUUGGACAUUGAAAUAUUAGACCCCAGUGUUAUUAAAGAUGGAUCUGGGACCGCAGAGGGCAAAUCGACAGAGUCGGAGGAUCUGGAAAGCGUCGUCACAGAAGACUGCAGCUGGGCUGGGCUUUUCUCUUUCUCGGACCUGAGGGCGAUUCACCAGCAGUUGUGCUCCGUCAGUUCGGACCUGGAGCCCUGUUUGCCGCUCUUCCCGGAAGAGCCGUCCGGUGUGUGGACGGUGCUGUUCGCCCCUCCCCAGGCGACCCCAAAAGAGACGGAGACCCUCUGCUACCAGCUUCAGGUCUACCUGGGACACGCGCUCGACACCUGCGGCUGGAAGAUCCUUUCCGAGAUACUGUUCGCUGAAAGCGACGACCCCGAAGAAUACUAUGAGAGCCUGAGCGAACUGAGGCAGAAGGGUUACGAAGAGGUCCUGCAGAGAGCCAAGAAACGGUUGCACGAGCUCCUGGAGAAACACAAGACGACAGAGAGCAUGGUUGAUCUUUUGGACAUCUAUGCAUCUGAAGACGAGGCCUAUAAUAGCCUAGUGGAGGCGACCACUGAACUGUACCAGUACCUGCUGCAGCCUUUCAGGGACAUGAGAGAGCUGGCUAUGCUGAGGAGACAGCAGAUAAAGAUUUCCAUGCAGAACGAUUACCUCGGUCCAAGAAGGAUUGAAAGCUUGAAGAAGGAGGAUGCUGACUGGCAAAGAAAAGCGCAUAUGGCAGUGCUGUCCAUUCAGGACCUGACUGUCAAGUACUUUGAAAUCACAGCCAGGGCACAGAAAGCUGUGUCGGACCGCAUGCGGGUCGACCAGAAGAAAUUUGGCAAGGCAGCGUGGGCAGCAGCGGUGGAGCGCAUGGAGAAGCUGCAGUACGCUGUGUCCAAGGAGACCCUGCAGCUGAUGAGGGGUAAAGAGAUCUGCUUGGAGCAGAGGAAACAUGCACUGAGAGAAGAGAUGCAGAAUCUGCAAGGAGGGGAUGAGGCCAUGGCUCGUCUGGACCAGCUGGAGUCCAGUUACUAUGACAUGCAGCUCCAGCUCUAUGAGAUUCAGGGGGAGAUCCUGAAGUGUGAGGAGCUGCUGCUAACCACACAACUAGAGAGCAUCAAAAGGCAGAUGAUAGAGAGGCAGGAUGAGGUGGUGUACUACGACACCUACGAGAGUAUAGAUGCCAUGCAGGACACUGAGCACAUGGCAGUGUCCAUUCACCCGCAGAAAGAGGAUCUGCUCAAACUGCAGCAGAAGAGUCGGCAGCUGGAAGCCAGAAGAGGGCGCAUAUCUGCCAAGAAAGCCUACCUCAGGAACAAGAAGGAGAUCUGUAUUGUGAACCACAGAGAGAAGAUGUGUCAGCGCCAAGGCAGCCAAGAGGACUACACAUCCCAUCAUGCCAUGCAGCUGCAGGAGGAGGAUGAGAAAAAGAACAUUUGGGUCAGUCAGGAACGACAGCGAACACUGGACAGACUCCGCAGCUUUAAGCAGCGGUACCCAGGUCAGGUCAUACUGAAAUCAACCAGACUUCGGCUGGCAAGGAGGAAAAGUAGCAGCCCCUCGGUUCCCUAUGCCAGCCCGGAUCAGGCUCUGUCCCUCACAGCAAGCGUGCAGACCGACGAGACCGCAGAGCAGAGGGAGGCAGGACUGCCCCAAGCCCCCAGCACCACCCAGCAAGCAGUGGGGCUAGAGAGUGUUUCAUUACCUCCAGCGAGCACCACCUUCCAACCAACCCAGCUUGCCUCGCUGCCCCUUUCUCUACCUCUGGAACGAGGUCUCACUCUGCUUACCUGCCCAGCCACAGCUCUACAUCCCCGCGCCCCCUCCUCCACCCCGCCCCCUCCUCCACCCUGUCCCAGCGAAGACCCCCUCUCCGAGAGCGAGGCACAGCCCGGCAGCCCCGUCAGGCAGCCUGGAGAACUUGUGACAGAGACCCCGCAAGCCUCCAGCGCACUGCCCUCUGCACAGCUCUUUGACAGCAGCCAGCUGGUGAGCGCCAGGAAGAAGCUCAAGAAGACAUCUGCCAUGGAAGGAUCACAGAAAAGAAGAACGAGUUCCCCGAUGGAUGAGGUACUGGCUUCUCUGAAACGAGGCAGCUUCCACCUACGCAAGAUGGAACAGCGUGCCAUGCCACCUUCCCCGGAGGAAGACGACAGCAACAACAUCCUAGCACAGAUCCGUAAGGGCGUCCUGCUGAAGAAGGUUCAGCGUGAGGAUCUGCAGGACUCCCUGGGGGAGCUGCCUGACUCUGCUGACCCGCUCACCCGCAGCAUUCACGAGGCACUGCGGCGCAUCAAGGAGGCCUCCCCAGAUUCUGACUCUGAGGACGAGGGCCUGCCCCACGCGGACUGGGACAGCUAGGACACCCCAGCGCUGGGCAGCUUCAAGCAAUCCCGAUCCCAAUCCCUGCAAUGCUAGGUUAGGCUGUUCGGUAACUGAAACUAGGCUUUUCAUUUUAGUAUUUUUAAUUUAAGAGAUUUUAUUUUUUUCCAUUGGACAGCCCACUUUAAGAUGCAAUGUCUUUGUUUCCAUUUGGCUGAUGAAAAGGUAAUGAUAACCUUGCAUUUAGCACCACUUUCCUAUGUAAUGAAUUCUUGUAUUCCAGCUUCUCGGAAAUGUUUUCGAGUUGCUCUGAAGCACAUCGCCUAUGAUACUGACAAUCUUCAGAUUUCCUGUGGAAUACCCAGGGGUUGAAAAACUCACAGCUGGGGUUCCCGAGUGGCACAUCCGGCAUAGGCGCUCCGCGUGAAGUGCAGGAUGUGCCCUAUAGCCUGGAGAUCGCUGGUUCGAGUCCAGGCUAUUCCACUGCCGACCGUGGACGGGAGUUCCCAAGGGGUAGCGCACAAUUGGACGAGCACCGCCCGGGUGGGGAGGGCUUAGGUCGGCCAGGGUGUCCUCAGCUCACCUCACACCAGCGACCCCUGUAGACAGG